CACAAUGUCACCGCCAUGGUUGGUGCCAGUGUCCUCAGCCUCCCUUAUGCCAUGUCACAUCUUGGAUGGGGUCCUGGUGUAACCAUUCUUAUACUGUCAUGGGUGAUCACCUUUUACACUCUAUGGCAAAUGGUUGAGAUGCACGAAAUGGUACCCGGGAAGCGAUUCGAUAGGUACCAUGAGCUUGGCCAGUAUGCAUUUGGUGACAAGCUGGGACUUUGGAUUGUGUUGCCCCAACAGCUGAUCGUUGAAGUUGGUGGGGACAUUGUCUACAUGGUCACUGGAGGGAAAUCUCUGAAGAAGUUCCAUGACUCGGUUUGCCUUGAUUGCAAGGAAAUCAAGACUUCCUACUUCAUCAUGAUUUUCGCUUCAGUGCACUUUGUUGUCUCCCAUCUCCCAAACUUCAACUCUAUUUCCAUCGUCUCAAUGGCCGCGGCGGUCAUGUCCUUAAGUUACUCAACCAUUGCUUGGGCAGCUUCGGCUGGGAAGGGAGUUAAACCAGAUGUGCACUAUAGUUACACAGCUAAAACCACAUCUGAGGCGACCUUCAAUUUCUUUAACGCAUUGGGUGAUGUGGCAUUUGUCUAUGCUGGCCACAAUGUGGUUUUGGAGAUCCAAGCAACAAUCCCAUCAACUCCAGAAAAGCCUUCCAAGGGACCCAUGUUGAAAGGAGUGUUUGUUGCGUACAUCGUUGUGGCCAUUUGCUACUUCCCUGUUGCUCUGAUUGGGUACUGGAUUGGGAACAGCAUCGAUGACAACAUCCUCAUUACCCUGGAGAAGCCCGCAUGGCUUAUUGCAAUGGCUAACAUGUUUGUUGUUGCUCAUGUCAUUGGAAGUUACCAGAUCUUCGCGAUGCCGGUGUUCGAUAUGCUGGAAACUUUGCUGGUGAAGAAACUGAACUUCAAACCUUCUUUCGUUCUUCGCUUUGUUACUCGCACCUUAUAUGUUGCGUUUACCAUGAUCGUAGCCAUAGCAAUCCCUUUCUUUGGGGGCCUCCUUGGCUUCUUUGGCCGAUUCGCUUUUGCCCCGACAACAUUCUUCCUCUCCUGCAUCAUAUGGCUCGCCAUCUAUAAACCCAAAAAGUUGAGCUUAUCUUGGAUCACAAACUGGAUCUGCAUUGUGCUAGGUGUUAUGGUGAUGGUCCUAUCACCCAUUGGUGGGCUAAGGUCGAUCAUCCUUUCGGCCGAGAACUACCAAGUUCUUCUCGUGAACUACAAGGUCGAUCAUCCUAAGUCUUGUCCUUUCCAAAUCUAUUUUGGCGAUGAUGCAUAUUUCAAGUGGAUGCCAUUAAAAAUAUAA